AUGGGAACAGUGAUCAUUGACGAUGUGGCUGUGGUCUUCACCCAUGAAGAGUGGGAUUUACUGGAUCCUGUUCAGAGAAAACUCUACAGAGACGCGAUGAUGGAAACCUUGAGAAACCUGGAUUCAGUCGGUAAAAUCACGGAAUCACAUGGUUGGAAGCAUCACCUUGACAACCACAGGAAACAUUUGAGAACUAGAUCAAUCGACAACUUUUGUGAAUGUUCUGAAGGCAGCCAGUGUGGGGAAACCUCCAUCCCGAUUCCUGGUCUUUCUGUGCACCCAGUAGAUCCCACAGGAGUAGAUCCUUUUGAAUGCUGUGAGUAUGGAGGAGCCUUCGGGGAUCAUUCCCUGGAGAACAAUGGUAGUAGAGCUCACACUGGAAGCAGUACCUGUCAGUGUCUGGACUGUGGAGAAGACUGCAGGUAUGCUUCUCACCUGACGACGCCUCUGAGAACUCAUGAUGGGAAAAAUGCCCAUAAAUGUGAGAUAUGUGGGAAAGGCUUCCUUUGGGCCUCCUCCCUCACUCAACAGGUAAAUGCUCACAGUGGAGAGAAGCCCUCUAAAUGUGAGGAAUGUGGGAAAACUGUUCGUUAUUCCUCAGGCCUGAGUGCACAUAAGAUAAUCCACAAUGGAGAGAGACCCUAUGAAUGUAAGAAAUGUGGGAAAGUCUUUAGGUAUUCCUCACAGCACAGUAGACAUAUGCACACUCACAGUGGAAACAAACUCUAUGAAUGUAAUCAAAGUGGGAAAGCUUUUAGCCAAGCCUCAAGGUUCACAAGGCAUAAAACUGUCCACAGUAGAGUGAAACCCUAUGAAUGUAAGGAAUGUGGGAAAGUCUUUGUUUCUCGCUCAAACCUCACUGUACAUAGGCACAUUCAUAGUGGAGAGAGUCCUUAUGAAUGUAACGAGUGUGGGAAAGCAUUUAGGGAAUCCUCACAACUGACUAUACAUAAAAGAAUCCACACUGGAGAGAAGCCUUAUGAAUGUAAACAAUGUGGGAAAGCCUUCAGACUGUCCUCACAGUGCAGUAUACACAUGCGAACCCACAGUGGAGAGAGGCCUUAUAAAUGUAAGGAAUGUGGGAAACGUUUUAGGAAUGCCUCAGGUCUGACUGAACAUAAACGAAUCCACACUGGAGAGAAGCCUUAUGAAUGUAAGCAAUGUGGGAAAGCUUUUAGGAAUUCCUCAGGUCUGACUGAACAUAAACGAAUCCACACUGGAGAGAAGCCCUAUGAAUGUAAGGAAUGUGGAAAAGCCUUCAGACAGUCCUCACAGUACAGUAUACACAUGCGAACCCACAGUGGGGAGAGGCCCUAUGAAUGUAAGGAAUGUGGAAAAGCCUUCAGACAGUCCUCACACUGCAGUAUACACAUGCGAACCCACAGUGGAGAGAGGCCUUAUGAAUGUAAGGAAUGUGGGAAAGCCUUCAGACAGUCCUCACACUGCAGUAUACACUUGCGAACCCACAGUGGAGAGAGGCCUUAUGAAUAUAAGGAAUGUGGGAAAGCCUUUAUCAAUGUCUCAGGCCUCAUAGUACAUAGAAGACUUCAUGGUAGAGAGAGGCCCUAUGAAUGUAAGGAGUAUGGGAAAGCCUUUACAGGAGGCUCAGGCCUUAAUGUACAUAAAAAAAUUCACAGUGGUUAG